AUGUGGCAUCGUUGCCAGGGAAGGUUGCUUAUUUCUGCCUUUCGCGUGAAGUUCAGGCAAUUGACGUCGCUCUCGUUCAACAGGAACGACCUAUCUGAGCUGAAAUCGCUCCCUGCGAAGCAACUAGGCAAAAUAGCUCUAGAUGUGUCUAGAUACAGUAACAGCGACAUACAUCUUUGGAGAACCUUCGUCGAGUGCUGUUCACUGAAGGUAGAUUCCUUCGAUGGCAAGGACACGUUGCGGGUUUGGAAGGCGAUAUGCGCCUUCUACCGCAAUUACGACCAUGUCGUGAGAGCGGAAGAUGCCGAUUUCAUAAACCAGCUUAUUAUUCGAAGUCAUGAAGUGAGCAGCGCGUACACGUGCGACGAGCUCAGCCAGUUGGCCGAGUUCGUUUGCGACUUCGCAGCCACCAACAACCACCUGAUGGAGGGGGCGACAUUGCUGUUUUCUAAAAUCAGUGUCAUGUUCAACCUUCGUCUUGCCGAGGCUCUACCAUACGGCGUAGUGCGGUUGUUGGUGUCGUUUUCCCGUCUGGGUAUUAAGGAUGGUCACCUUUUGGAAUCUCUUGCUAGUUUCAUUUGUAAAAGUGACGGGUUUAGUGAGCACGAUCUGCGAACCAUAUUGACGUCGUAUGCGCUCUGCAGUUAUCGCAACGAUGCGCUGCUCAAGCAUGCCACGGAUAGGUUUAAGGCACUUCCCGGGAUUACCCUUAACGAGCUUGCCAUACUGUCGUUUGCAUAUGCAACGUUGGAAUAUAGUACCCCGGAUGUGCAGGCGCUUUUCCAACGUCACCUUGGCAACGAGGCUGAAGACUCCGGCACGGGCAUACUGAAUACGGAGGGCCCCAACGUUGAUUUGUCACUCUUUUGUUCGAAUUUAGAUAGUCUGGGUGUCCCAAUGCCACGCAAUGUGAUAGAAAUAAUCAACAUAGAGACGCUUUCUUCGGAGAGUUUUUUUAAGGUGGUGCAUCUGCUUGCGCCGAACGCCGCAUCACAACAGAAGGUGUCGGAACUGUACUACGAAUACGAAGGUCUGGGAACAUUUUGGGACCAUAUGAGGGUGCUAGAAUACGUAACAAAGGGGCAGUUUGAAUCGCAGCAGUUCUUGCGGAAAGUGUACAGCAAUUUGCGCGAUAUGAUUCUGCAUGCUGACGGCGUCCCCGGACGUGCGGAGUUCCCGCAUCGGUUUUAUGAGUCUGAUGCCAUUACUUCACGCAAAGAACAAAAAUGUAGCAGCACCAAUGAAAAUGUAGUGCAUGGUAACGAAAGUGAGAACCAUGUCAGCCGGGAACCAGAGGAAAACACCAUCGACCGUAAGGACCAAACUGGAGUGCCGACGGAAAAUACGGAGCAUUCUGACAAGGCGCUUAGCGCGUUCAUGAUACUCUUACUACGCAUACCUCCCGUUAUAACAACAGGAAUAUUCGAUACGCUUGCAUUCGCGGAUAGAUGCAGACUUUCCCCCAAAUCGUUAUGCGACCUGGUUUUGUUGGCAUCUAAGGCGCUCGUGGAUUCUGCAAGCGGUAUUGAGCAACGAUUGGAGGAUCUUGCCAGUGAUAAUGGCACCACACUGCUAGAGGUGAUCGAGUCGCACAUCUCUACUAGCGACGUGUCUAGAGCCCCUUGGGUGCUUAGCGCGGAUUUGGAAUCUUACUUGGGUGAGGAUGUCGACGUUAGGUGCAAUAUCGGCAUACUUCCGGUGGUAGCCGUGCUGAAGAAAGAAAAUGUUGCCGUUUUACCUCUAUAUCCGUCCGACUUUGUGAGUUUGGGGGGAGAAUCUGCGUCGGCUGGUGAGCCGUGGUCCCCGCCGGGAACCGGAGCCCACGCUAGCGUCUACGCCACCGUAUAUUAUCUGCGUAAGCAUGGAUUCCGAGUCUGCCCGUUGUCAUAUUUGCGCUGGUGUAUGCGUGGUGAGGGCGUCAAUGGAGCCUUCCUUACCGUCGCCACGGCUACCGCGGCCUCCGACCCGGGUGGCAUCCAUCUAAACAUAGGUAUUUUGACCUUCUUGACAAUCGGCUUAGACUUCUCAGAGUACCCGAAAGAUGAGCAAAACGGCAAGCUCGACGUCGCAACCGGUGACGGCGCCGCACCUUCCGACAUAAGGACGCCUGUCGUCAUAAUCGCACCCAAGCCUCUGGUCGACUACGAGCGACUGUAUAAGAAGAUGAUGCACAGUGCUCCUUCUGAGAAGGGCCAUGCAAAUAUAGGUGGGUUGCUGCUUUGCAUUCAUCAUAAAGUGUCAAAGAGAAGGAUUUACUGUACAACAAGAAAGUCGCGUACUCCGACCCGUCAUCACGUCGCCAGCUUUUGUUUGAGGUGCGUACGCUUGCAUGCUAUUGCGUCACCAUGCCCAGCUGCUGAAGGAAGCCGAGGCGGAUUUAGCAUUUUACCGCGCCGACUACAGCGAAAUGGAGCUGGUAAGCAAUAG